CCGAUCGCCCCUUAAAGCCUCGGGCCGCCCUACUGGAUCCCGGGAACCCUCCGUGAACGCACUCGGGACGCUGUGGGUAGAGGCGCGUCCCGGCCUGCGGGGAGGCGCACGGGAGAGGCCGGCCUCCAGCACGUCCCAGGCUGUCGCCGAGCGUGGGCGUGGCCUCUGAUGCCCCGCCCAUUGACACGCCCCCGGGCCCCUCUCCGGCCCUGGACCCAGCUUGGCGCGCUCCCCCCUGGGUGCCAUGGCCUCGCGGCUCCUGCACCGGCUGCGACACGCCCUGGCUAGCGAUGGCCCCGGGGAGGCGGCGGCAGGCCCCGAGGCCGAGCAGUUCCCUGAAAGCUCCGAGCUGGAGGACGACGACGCCGAGGGCCUGUCCUCCCGCCUUAGCGGCACCCUCAGCUUCACCAGUGCCGAGGAUGACCCGGACGACGAAGACGAGGACGACGAGGCGGGCCCCGACUCACCGCCCUCCGGAGACGGGACGUCGGGAGAAGACGCAGAACGGAGUCCCCCACCUGAUGGACAACGGGGCAGUCAACUCCUGGCUCGGCAGCUGCAGGAUUUCUGGAAGAAGUCUCGGAACACCCUAGUUCCACAGCGGCUGCUCUUUGAGGUGACCAGCGCCAAUGUUGUCAAGGACCCUCCCUCCAAGUACGUGCUCUACACCCUCGCCGUGAUUGGCCCAGGGCCACCAGAUCGCCAGCCAGCCCAGAUCUCCCGCCGUUACUCGGACUUCGAACGGCUGCACAGAAACCUGCAGCGGCAAUUCCGGGGCCCCAUGGCUGCCAUCUCCUUCCCCCGUAAACGUCUGCGCCGGAACUUUACUGCAGAAACCAUUGCCCGCCGUAGCCGGGCCUUUGAACAGUUUUUGGGUCACCUGCAGACAGUGCCCGAGCUCCGCCAAGCCCCAGACCUGCACGACUUCUUCGUGCUGCCCGAGCUGCGGCGAGCACAGAGCCUCACCUGUACUGGCCUUUACCGCGAGGCUCUGGCACUGUGGACCAACGCCUGGCAGCUGCAGACCCACCUGGGUACCCCUUCUGGCCCAGACCGCCCCCUGUUGACUCUGGCUGGGUUGGCUGUGUGCCAUCAGGAGCUGGAGGAUCCUGGGGAAGCACGAGCAUGUAGCGAGAAGGCCCUGCAGCUGCUGGGGGACAAGAGACCCCAUCCUUUCCUGGCACCCUUUCUAGAGGCCCAUGUCCGACUCUCCUGGCGCCUGGGCCUAGACAAACGGCAGACAGAAGCCCAACUUCAGUCCCUACAGGAGGCGGGCCUUACCCCUGUCCCACCCCCCAGCCUCAAGGAGCUGCUUAUCAAAGAGGUGCUGGACUAACUUUUAUUUGUCUUGCCGCGGCUUCUGGGCGAGGGGCUACUCCAGGUCAAGGGACUGAGGGCAAUAGAGGACACUGAGCAGCCGGGGGCUGAGGAGUUCUGGGAGCCCCUAAAGUAGUUCCCGAGAAAGAGUCUGCAGCAGACUGAGAGGAACUUGGAUUUGUGGGGCUGGACUCCAAACAGGCUUUGGUUGGGGUUACCCUAGGAUACCACAAGGAGGAAGUUUUGGGGUAGGCUC